UCACGGUGACGGCACUGCACGUCGGCCCAAACAAAACGACUGCACAAAAUGGCAGCGAGAAACCGUUGCGCUGUUUGGAGUUCAAUGUAGGGCUGCAGUGGGCUGGGUCAAGAGAGAAGAUGACUCGAUGAGCAAGUGAUAGUAGUUAUAUUUAACGGAGACGGCGUCGUAGAUAGUCAGCGUCUCGUGGCCAGUGUGGAACGACAGGUGUCCUGAUGAGGAAAAGUGUUUCCCUUAUGACGUCAGAGCUGUGUCCAGUGCCCUCCCUGCACCGUUGUGCCUUAUUUUAUAGUGACAGUGUUGUGUAUGAUGCCACCCCCGCACAUCGGUGACAACAACAAGAAUCGUGUCGAGAAUAUCAAGAAGAAGUUUGAGGACAUUAACAAGUUUGUGCCAGUGACGGAUAACCUCAACAACGUCACCGUCAAGAGCCGCUCAGGACGCCCAGAAGAUGACAGCACCACCGACCCGGGAUGUCAACCAGACACUCCCAAGAAGCAGAGGCUGGGCUCAGUGUCCUCCAACAAGAGCAUUAGCGGCCAUCCUGUCCUGGAGAGGCAGCUCAGCAGUCCCACAUCAAGGGGCCACAUAAAGCGGAGCCCAGCGUUCCGAUGUGACAGAAUUGUCAGAGGUAAAAAUGUUGUCACACCCACCGUAGGAGAGAAGCCUAAGUCUGUCGUUGGGAAAAGAGUCAAGCAGUUUGACUCGACCCCUGAUUUUGUAUCAGCAAAGCUGUGCCCUGCCAUCAUAGGAGACGAACCACCGCUCCAGCAACGUUGCAAGACGCCUCCUGAAGCUGUAAGUGAGCGCACUAGAGCGUUCACUUCCCCCUCUGACAAUUUUAGCUGGUCUCCUAAGAAAAUUUCAAACAACUCACCUGGUCUUGGUGAAGCUAAAAGAAUUAAUCUUGACAUCCCAAGGAAGUGUGGUCCAACUGGGAAAAAUGGCCAUUCCAUUAACACUUCAGGUGGAUGGCCCCACAAGCAUGGAGAUAACAAGCAAAUUCGUAUAGGGGAAUAUGUAAAUGACAGCAAACGAAUCAGGCCAGUACUUGCCAACCGGGAGAGCAGCCCUCUUCAAGUUUUAAUUUCAGACGUCCAAUUUAAGACUUCAAAAUCAAACAGCAUUAAUGGUGAAGAAAAAACUGCAGUAAACCAUAUUAGCAAAACAAACCCACCCCCCAAGUCAGUGCCGUCAACUAAUGGACCCUCCAAUAGUGAUAAGCAAGCAUAUCAGCCAGGACUCAGUGCCACCCUGAAAGCAGCCCUUAAAGCUCCACUUCCCUGUGGACCUCCCCCCAAAAAACCACCUCGAACUUUUGCUCACAACUCUCCCACUGUCAAAAAUACAGUGGACAAUUUUAAUAAUGUGAAAAGCAACUCAAGUGCCAUUAGAAAUUUUGACCCAUCCUGCCAUGAUAGUGUGUCUCCACCGCCGAUAGUGAAACCUGUCAGGUCUAAAACUGAAUCUCAAAUCAUGCUUCGAAAAUUAGAAAAUGCUCUAAUGAAUCAUAAAACAUCUCCUAAGGGGUCUCAGUCCCCAGUAUCUCCUGUUGAAUCCUCUGGGAGGGAGGGAAGCUUGAGCCCUCCAGGAAAUAAUGCACUACCUGCUCAUUCUCUGGGGAGCUCUGGACAAAACAAAAUGUGUACUCCCACUCAUGCAGCCAGAAGUGGGUGUCUUAGCUCCCUGAACUGUGCAGUGAGCCCAACUCUAUGUUCUCAGCUGUCAAGAGAUAACAUGCAUGAUGGCAAAGUUAAGCAGCCGGAAUUUGCCCACGACCCCAGCAUGAAGCGCAAGUCAAGUCUACAAGAUAAUUCAUCAAGUGUGCGAAAGGAUAUAUCUGGAGCUUUACAUAAGUCUCAUAGUGUGGAGCACAUAUAUGCUGAGCCAUUUCAAUUUGUAGGUGAUGGGAAUCAGAUCUGCAAGUCAAAAGACUGUGAAGCAAAUUUUAGAACAUCCUCAUUUGGGAAAGAAAUUCCAAAGCAAGCCAGAUUUCAUCCUAAAAGAAUCCUAUCAACAUCUCCAGAACAAGUGUUUAGAGCACGUCCAGCAGGUCCUACAGAUUCAAAUAUGGAUGGGUUGCACUACUUGUGCACACCAAUUCAAGAGGAUUCUCCCCUCUCUUCCAGAGAGCUACAAAUGUCUUCCCUUCCAUUGCGACUUUCACCACCACCUGUAGAGGCAACAAAUUCAGAGUUGUUGAGGCAUUCAAGCCGAGAGUGUUUGUCCCUGGAAAUGCCUCGUGUGUCUACACCUUCAUCCUCAAAAAUUGCUCUGAAAAGAAGUCCUGCAGAAAAAGACAAAGACAAAGCCUUAAAAGAUGUGGUUGAAAAUCUCAGCAGUACCAAGAUUAAAUUUUUAAUGAAUCAGGCGUUUGGUUCACCUCUUCAGUGUUUACCUGCCACACCUCUUGACAGUAAUAGUGAUUCAGACUCUCUAGCUUCAACACCUGAUGAAGGGGUUUCCUCUUCAACUUUCCCUGGAGUACCCUCACCAAACACACAAAGUCAUCCCAGAGAAAUCAUUCGUCCAAGUUGUCCUCCUCCAGAUGUGCCAGAGGCUGCAUCUCCAUCCAAAGAGUCUCUUCAGCGAAUGACAGCUGAAAGGCGUACUUAUGUUCGCAGAGUGUCCAGCCAUGUUAUGGGUCAGAGGUCAUUGCGUCUCUUACCUCAGACAUCAACUUCUUCUUCCAAUCAUUCUUCCAGCAAUUCUGCUAGCCAUCUCUUUGAGUGUCUUCUGCUAGUAGGAUUAAACCUCGAUCCAGAUCGGCCCAAAUGUAAAGUACCAUACAUCAAAACAAAAUUUCCCCCUGAGGCUUCGGUUCCUUCCCAUAUUGAAAAUCUGUGCUUCCCUGAUGCUGGUGAGUGGCCACCUCCUAUUUGUUCAAGUAGAGGAGGUGAAACUUUACCCGGAGAAGAACAGUCCUACUGCUUGACCAUUACAAGUGACACUGGAGAGCGCAAAUAUGGUUACUGCAGGCGCGUUCAGCCUGAAGGUGCUCCAAUCUGCCUACCCCUGGCAUACUGUAUCCUCACACCCUAUCGAGCCUCAGGGUUCUAUUUCAAGGUGUUGGCAGAACUUGAGUCACGACAUGGUGAACCAGAAAUUCUGCAAGCAGAUUUUAUUCAACAACUGUAUGAAUGCUGCCUCCCUAGUCCAGGCCAAGGACUUCGAGUGAGUGGUUCUGGUGAAAACAUUAAUGUUGGCUGCACAGGCUCUAGCAGCUCGAGCAGCAGCAAUGGCACCAACAGUACUGGCUCUGGCUGCAGAGGCCCAGUUGUUCUACGCCGACCAUAUGAUACCAGAUUGGAGGAGCGAGAUCUCUCCCGGCUUUUCAACUGCCUUCAGAUUCCAAUUUUUCUUCAAGUUUUCAGUUCUUUACUCUUGGAAAGAAAAGUUCUUCUCCUGAGUAAAUCUAUUAGCAAGCUAUCAGCAUGUAUUGAUGCUCUUCAGUCCAUUUUGUUUCCAUUUGUAUGGCAGCACACAUUUAUUCCUGUUCUUCCAACAAAUAUGUUGGAUAUUUGUCAAGCACCUACUCCUUACAUUAUUGGUGUUCUGAAGGGCAGGCAUCCUAUUCUGCCACCAGUUUCCAUUGACCAUGGUAUUGUGGUGGAUGUAGAUAAUUCUCUCAUACUUCAAAGUCAGCAAGAUGAGACAACGAUUCUUCCUGUGGGUAUAAGUAGGUCUCUGAAAGUUGCAUUGCAGCUUGCUCAAAGCAGCACACCAACGGAUGAUCCUUCAAGAAAUGUGUUGGUAUCUGAAGCCUUCUUGCGUACAUUUGUUGAAGUUUGUGGUCACUACCAAACUCACAUUGUUGUUCAGCAAGAUGGAAAGAAAGUUUUUGAACGAGAAUCCUUUAUUAAAGCUGUGCGCUCUCGUAGCAUACAAAUGUUUUUGGAGUGGUUCACAGAAACAGCUAUGUUUGCUGCAUUUAUUGACUCUAAACUUGAAAAGCCUGAUGAAACCAAAGGAAUGUUUGAGCAACGAUUAAUGGAACAUCAUGAAGAGAGAGAGAAGAAUACUUUACUGUACCUGAAAAACUACAAGGGCCUUAACAAAAAGGUGAAAACACUCGGUGACCGUUUUAAGGACUGGACACCAUUCAGUUAGACUGGUUCGAGUGGUUUUAAAUUACAGUACCAUCAUUCUUUUUCUUUCUACAUCAUGAUUAAUUUUAUGGUCUUACCCAUAUCUUGAUACUCAAAGGUCUUUUAAAAGAGGUAUGUUUAUUAAUAAAAUAACUUAACAGGAAAAUGGCAGUGCUAUUAAAAAAAGUGAGAUAUCAAAGAAUCACAUUUAAAACCAUCGUGUGUCUAGUUGUGGACAAGAAAGAACAUGUAUUAACAGACUGCCUGUACCGUAAACCGUCCAUUUUUGAAAUAUUAGGAAAAGAACCAAGGCAGCUUUUUUGCUACAUAUUUGUAAUAUCUUGAUACAUUACAUUUACAUUAUGAAUUACAUAGUUAUAAUACUCCAUGUUGUUCUGAAACUGGUACUUAGUGCACCAUGGGCACUGACUGCACUGUGAUUAUUUUGGAACCCAAAUUUAAUUGUAUUAUACUGAGUACUCAGCUAUUUUUGUCUUACUCUCUUACUUUCAAUAUAUAAAUAGCACUUGAAAUCUUCAUCCUGUUUUGGAUCUGAAUAGCUGUGAUUGAGAUGAGCCUUAUUAAGGGGUUACUGUGAUCAGCGAAUGAAACUCCUUCUACUGUAUUACUCCAAAAAUAUCAAGUUGUUAUUGUAAAGUAUAUUUGUUUUGAAAAUUGAAUGUUUGUCAGAAACCUGCUAAUUUGUUGAUCUGAGUUUUAAAGUUUGCUCCUGUUUGAGAUUUUAAGUAAUGUUGAUCUGAUUUUAUUUUUUUCUGGGUGCAAUAAUUUAGUGCUGCAAUAAGGUAUGGUAUCAUCUUGUGUGUACCUACCUACAUAAAUCUUGCCAGUAGGUAAAGUACACUCUUUCACAAUAUUGCUGUGACUUUAUUUUUCAAUAUUUUUUUGUCUCUGAUGAGUUCAUUGUUUUUGAACAUGGACAGAUGAUCAUAAAAAGUUAUUUUGCACUUAGAAAUUAGAUUAAUAGUUAUGUCUCUGCCAUACUAUGCCAGUAAGUUCUAUAAGCACUCAUGUCCCCUUUUGGUCAUGUGCUAGGUAGGGCUAGGUUCCAAUGAUGUCCAUUUGUUAUUUGGUUGUUGCCUGUUUCUUUUGUGACAUGUUUUUAUGAUUAGUAGGUUUCUGUGCCUUAUUUAUAUUCUAUUUAAAUUGUAAUUAUUGUACACAUUGCUGUAAGCAACACUUUAUUUUCUACACUGAGCUUUAAAUUAAUUUUGUUUUGUGAUAUGACUGAAAGCAGUGCAUAAUACAUGUAGUUAACAUUUUAUAUGUAUAGUACCUUAACUUGCUAGCGUGGUUCUAGCAGGUGUUUUUAGCAUUGUGGGAUCUUUUCCUUGUGUUUUAACCCUGAUUUGUAACAAAAUAUUUUGCUCAACAAAAAGAAAAAAAACAAACAGUUA